AUGUGUGUUCUAGUUCUUAAUUUACAGAACGAAAAUAUACAUUUCUUUCCUAUCCCAAAGCGCCCCUUGUCUGAGAUUUUGGAUGAGCCGCAGUACCACACAUUUUGCUUGGACCCUGAUGCAUGCUAUAAUGGCCAACUUACCAUCGAUAUAUCCUCAGACAACAUGCUGGGUGCUGGUGGAUUCAAGACAGCGCAUCCUGGUUGGCUGACACUCUUUGCGGCUCCAGAUUCGGGACUUGGCUCAUGCCCCCGCGAGAAAGUCGCAGUCAAGCGACCUUUUCACAAGAUCUUCCCUCCAGGAAGCAGCAAGGCCCCUGGAAAGUAUGUUAUCAGGCAGUAUGCAGCGGCUGAUGAACUUCCGAAGCUCUUUCGAGAAGCAAACGUGUUAUACUGGGCGGGACCACUUCUAGAGUUCGCGUAUGACUACAUUGAUCACUGCAUUGCCCGCUCAACCGACCCUCCACCCUUCACAAUCCCUCGGCUGCACUUUGUUAAAGCAGGCCUCACACUGUCAUACAGUCAGGCGCCGUCUGAUCCUAACCAGAAGUCCAAAGGAUGUUCCCCUCGGGCCGGAUUUCUGCUCGAGGAACUAAUUGGUGAUGAUGAUGGUAGGAACUUCAUCAAAUAUAUUCACAAUAUGGAUUGUAAUCCGUUGCUUGAUGUGGAUGAGUUUGGCUAUGACAUAGCCACUUUUUUGGCUUGUACACAGCACAUCCAGUACGUCAAGACUGGUGGUUUGGCUUUCAUAUCGGACUAUCAGGGUGAUGCUGAGAUUCUGACAGACCCUCAAGUCCUGACGCACCCCCAAGGCAAGGACAUAUUUGGUGAUGGCAAUAUAGAGGUCAAAGUCAGCACGUUCCAGACAAAGCAUGUUUGUAACGAUUAUUGUACAUGGAGUGGCUUUGGACUCGAACGGUUACCAGCAGGAUCGGCAGAGGAACCAGAGGCUAGCCAGUGA